AAUGAAUAAACUUUGAUAUUCUGAUAGUUAUCAUUCUGAUUUUGAUCAUUCAGAGCGCUGGACGAGGAGGAGCGCACAGCUGACCAUACUCGCAGACAGCGUCAGACGAUUUGGCGUAUCCAUAGCAACCAUAGAUAGCAACCAAUGUGGCUAGCUACAUAUACUUUUCAGAAGAAUGGCGACACCAAGAGAGCAAGAGGCUGCAGAUUAUCUUCGGAAACACAAAAUUAUCGAACUCAUGGAUAAUUUAACAAGCAUGCUCUUCUUUUACAGACCAGAGAGACCAAACGAGUUUCUGAUCACACAGCUUGAACAACUGAGAGUAUCCAAAAUGCGGUCACUGGAUUGCCCAAGCCUGUUCAACGACACAAACCUGGAUGCCGUUUUGGGCAUCUUGGACCCUACCAACCAAGGGCACAUCACUUUUGUUCAGUACAAGGAGGCACUAACCACUUUGGGGAUUGAGAAAUUUAAUGAGUGUCCUGAAGGUGUGGCCAAGGACAAGAUAUCUCAGGAAACCUUCAAGAGAGAGGCGAAGGAGGGCUUACAGAGAAGCUCAGCAACAUUUAUAUCUAAAUAAAAUUGGAGAUCUCUGUCCCAUCACACUGAGUGUGUGAUAUUGUGACUGACAUGUCUAUGAUGCCUAUAUGAACUCUUCAUAAUAAUGAAAGUAAUGGUCAAAUUGGAUUAGUUAUACAGUCAGAUGUGUGUUGUCUGGACCCAGUAUGGUCACAGUCUUGAAUGCACUGUGUCUCGGCUUGUCCACCAUACAUCAAUGGGCAUGCACCCGUUCCAAAAGUCCUACACAAAUCCAAGUACAUGUUAUUAUAUGUUAGCUAAGCAACGCUUCAGUUUUGAAAAUAUUCAUUUUACUGGCUAUCAAGAGGUUUUAUGUGUACACUAUUGUUUUGUGUUUACAGUAAGCAACUGUUUGCAAUUUGUUUACUUUUGCAAUAUAUUGUGAAACGUUGACAUCUUGAACACCCCCAGGGUGGAUGAAGGGGCGUGGUGUUGGUGGUGUCAUGGCGUCCACGAAGCUACAAUUUCUCUUGAGCCGAGUGUGAAUUAAAUGUCCUUUCAUUUCUUAAAAUAAACACCAACAUUUGAA